AUGCAUCUCCACACCAUCGCCCUCACAACUUCCCUCCUCUCCAUCACCCAGGCGCAAACCCCCGCCCCUUUCGCACCACCAGCCAACGCGUCCCAAGUGGAUCCCACCCUCAAUCAACCAACAAGCUACAACGUAGCAGGCGUCCUCGCCGCAGCCUCUUUAACAGAUGAACAGCAAAGCUCAGGAAACAUCACAAACUGGGUGCACGUGCGCGUCGAAGUCCCAGAAGGGACCGUCGACCCCCACGGGAGCGUAUAUCGCGGUGUCCCCCUCGGACAAUUAACCUAUGUACUUCUCCCCCUUCCCCCUCUUCAACCCUCCUAACCCACCCAGCUCGCCGGAGACGCCUCCCAGAACUCAGUCGUCAACGUCCAAACCAUCAACUACGCCGGAGGCAGUGGAAGCGUGCCCCUCGGCGCGGCCAUCGAAUGCCGCGCGUUCAAGGACAGCAUCGGACAGGUUCCUUUCGGGCUUCCCUUCGGGGAUGCGCCGAAUGGUGGACAGUUUCCGUAUCCGAUUAGUGGGAGUAAUGUUACGGGGGUGGAUUUGAGGACGGUGCUUUGUAUUAAUCGGGGGAUUGCGAUUGUGAAUUCUACUGUUCUUUAG